GCGAAUAGCACAUAUCGAGUCUGUCACUCAUAACGUACGGUAGCAUUUAAAAUCCGAAGCAGUUAACGGAGAAGAAAAUUAAAAACAAAAAAAAAAAAAACGCUGAGACCAAAAAAUUACUUUGGCUGAGAAUAAUAAAUCUCAGCGCCACUUAAGAAAAAGAAAUUAAAAGUUAAAGAUUCAAAGUGUGUGUGUGUGUGCCAACUUAUCGCGCCACGCCAAAACGGAUUACGGGCGACUAACGUACAUUUGGAUUAUCAACAGAAAUACAAUAAAACCGCAACAGCAAGAAUAAAGUUAUUUUGCAGUGAUUUGGAAACUGUAAAACUGUGAAUGAUUUUUGGCAAACCAGAAAAAAACAAAAAACAACACAGAAACAGAAAUUAACAAGAAGCAAAGUGAACAAUUCUGUGUUUAACAACAAAAACAAAAAACAGACUAAAUUAAAAAUAAUUAAAUAUAAACAGUUUUGUGCUGACAUUGUGUGUAUUUGAAGCACACAAAAAGCGAUUUUAAAAAGCAAUUUCUGCAUUAAGAAAUUUACAAUUUUUUCCACCUCAACCUCGCACACGGCCGCCAACGACGACCGUCGCCAAAAAACCGCCAAAAUUCUACUCAAAGAACGCAAAUCAGUAAUUUCAAAAAUGAAAUCCCUCACCGCCGUCUGUCAAACAGGUGCCUCCAUGCCGCCGAUGAACCCCAACGGCCGCAUUGCACGCCAAACGCCCCAACGCGGCGACGGCGAAAAUGCCGAAAUGAAAAUGUACCUCUCCAAAUUGAAGGAUCUCGUGCCAUUCAUGCCGAAAAACCGCAAACUCUCCAAGCUGGAGAUCAUACAGCAUGUCAUCGACUACAUUUGCGAUCUGCAAACCGAACUGGAAGCACAUCCAGAAAUCGGCAACUUUGAUGCAGUGCGCGCGCUAAACAUGAACGACGACGACUCUGCCAACGAUACCAGCAAUAACAGCGAAGAAAAUGAGCGCCUGGCCGAACGUCUACUUGCCGAUAACAGCUACAGCACAGCUCAUCAACAGAACAACAUGCCAACUUCAACGUCUAGUCCAGCGCUGCGACAGCCUUUGGCUGAUCGGCAAGCACCCAACACCAUCCUGCCCGGCACAAAUAUGACAGCUGCUGCUGCACAUACCACAAUGGCGUUGCACAUGCAACAACAGCUGCAACUGCAACAGCAACAAUGGGAACAGCAAAUGCAGCAGCAGCAGCAAACACAACAACAGCCACCGCAGCAACAACAGCCGCAGCCGCAGCCGCAGCAGUCGCCACAGCAACAUCACCAACAAAUGCCAACUGGCGAAACGGUGAGUUGUUGAUCUGGUGGAGUAUUGUACUAGGGUAGACAAAGAGAAAAAAGAAGUAUAAUGUUAGUUUUAAGCCUAGGCCGUACGUUGUAUAGUAGUUUAUUCUGUUAGGUAUGGAAAAGUUAAAAAUGUGUGAACAAAUUUGUAAUUUAUUUAAUCAAACAGCUGUAUCCUAUAAACUAAGCAGAAAUCUUAAUAUAAAUUAUGUAAAAAAGAAAAAAAAAAACAAA